UUCACUUUCAGUGACAACUACCCCUUAUCUCCUUUGUUUCUCUAUACCGUUGCACAUCCGCUGCCAACGACAGCCAGUAGCCGCCCAACCACUGCCUAUUUCAGUGGUGAGAGUGGAGCAGGUGAAACAGAAAGCACAAAAUUGCUCAUGCGGUAUCUUUCUUACUUAGGAGGUAGAGCUGCAUCUGACGAGAGGACUGUCAAGCAGCAAGUCCUGCAGUCAAAUCCGGUUCUAGAAGCAUUCGGUAAUGCAAAUACAGUCCGAAACAACAACUCCAGUGACUUUUCAUUUCUUCCCAACAUUUUGGACCAUGACCAGAUAAUAUCUUACGCUUUUUCUAUAAUCUAUGAUAUUGUAGAGGAUUCCCUCUACAAACAUGUAAUUGUAACUCAUGAUGAAACCAUUACCAAAUGGCUUGAUCCAGACGUUCCAGUUGUCAGCAGAGAUGCCUUGGCAAAUUGUGUACUAAUGUUUGUUUAUCUGAUAUAUCCAUGCUGUAGGCUUGUGGAUAAAAUCCAUAGUUCAUUUGGUCAAGACUCAGACUCAAAAUACUUAAUUGGUGUGUUGGAUAUAUAUGGAUUUGAGAGUUUCAAGAUAAACAGAAAAUUGCCUCGUUUAUACGAUAGUCAUAUGAUGACGCAGUACAAAGGGGCAGUCUUUGGUGAAUUGAGCCCCCAGUCCCACCCUAUUGCUUUUGCGGAUGCAGCAUAUAGUGGCGAGAGUGGAGCAAGUGAAACGGAAAGCACAAAAUUGCUCAUGCGGUAUUUUGCUUUCAUGGGAGGCAGAGCUGCAUCUGACGGGAGGACUGUCAAGCAGCAAGUCCUAGAGUCAAAUCCGAUUCUAGAAGCAUUCGGUUAUGCAAAUACAGUCAGAAACAACAACUCCAGUUUCUCCCAACAUUUUGCUUAUUUGGGAGGCAUAGCUGCAUCUGAGAGGAGGACUGUCAAGCAGCAAGUCCUGGAGUCAAAUCCGGUUCUAGGAACAUUCGGUAAUGCAAAUACAGUCAGAAACAAUGUAACUGCAGUCAGAAACAACAACUCCAGUGACAACUGCCGCUUAUCUCUUCUCUCUCUAUGCCGCUGCACAUCCACUACCAACGACAGUAAGCAGCUACCCCAACCACCACCUGUUUCAG